CGGAUAGAGAGACUGACUACCUGCUCGAUUGCAAUACAGGGAAGACACAAGCACGCGCGAGCCCGUACGCACACUCACUCUGACCAGCAAGCUAAUAAACAAGAGAUAGGAAACGGGACUGAGAAGAGUUUUUCAAAGGAAUAAUAAAAAUUGAAAUAACACAAUCAAACUAGUAGAUCGUGAAGCGCAGUCAAUAGCCAUGUAUCUGAACAGGGAAGAGGGGAACAGCAAAGGUUCCGUUUCUCUCAGCGUGUUCCUGGUGUCUCUGGCAGUGACUGUGUGCGCUGUGUGGCUAAUUACUCUAUGUGGCGUCUGUGGCUGGUGCCAACGCAAACUGGGGAAGAGAAAUAAGCCUGGGAUGGAGACAGUAGGCACCCCAGACUCAGGACGUGGACGUGGGGAGAAGCAAGCCAUCAAUGAUCUAGACAGAGACUUUUGGAAUAACAAUGACAGCAGCACAGUACAGCAGAAAUGGAGCUCCUAUCCACCCAAGGAGUUUGUACUAAACAUUUCCCCCUAUGCCCCCUAUGGAGAUCCUCGCCUCACGCUCAAAGAAGGAAAGAUGGUGGUUCUAUCUCUGGCAAUUGGGUUGGCUGAGCAGGACGACUUUGCCAACAUUCCUGACCUGCAGGAGGCGCCAGCCAGCCAUGAGACCCCACCUGACAAGAGGGCGGGUGGAAACAAACCAGGCAACAGCCCCAAGGGUCAGCCACCAGACGAGGCCGACCGCCGCGCCGAUGGCCACUCCUCUGUCUCAGACUUGGCCAAUUCCCUGACCAGUGAGAUGGUGAUGCUGUCUCCAGGCUCAGAGGAGGAUGACCAUGAGGGCGGCGUGAGUGAGAAGCUGGGUCGCAUCCAGUUCAGUGUGGGCUACAAUUUCCAGGAGUCCACCCUCACCGUCAAGAUCCUGAAGGGUCAGGAUCUGCCCGCUAAGGAUUUCUCUGGGACCUCUGACCCCUUUGUCAAGAUUUACCUGCUGCCCGACAAGAAGCACAAGCUGGAGACCAAGGUCAAGAGGAAGAACCUCAACCCACACUGGAAUGAGACCUUCCUGUUUGAAGGUUUCCCAUAUGAGAAGGUGGUGCAGCGCACUCUGUAUCUGCAGGUUCUAGACUAUGACCGCUUUAGCAGAAAUGACCCAAUCGGGGAGGUGUCCAUCCCACUCAACAAGGUGGACCUGGCACACAUGCAGACCUUCUGGAAGGAACUGAAGCCCUGCAGUGAUGGCAGUGGUCGUCGAGGAGAUCUGCUGGUGUCCCUGUGCUACAACCCCACAGCCAACACCAUCACUGUGAACAUCAUCAAAGCCCGCAACCUCAAAGCCAUGGAUAUCGGAGGAACUUCAGACCCCUAUGUGAAGGUGUGGCUGAUGCACAAGGACAAGCGCGUAGAGAAGAAGAAGACAGUCGUCAUGAAGCGUUGUCUGAACCCGGUCUUCAACGAGUCCUUCCCUUUUGAUGUCCCAGCCCACGUACUGAGAGAGACCACCAUCAUCAUCACUGUCAUGGACAAGGACAGGCUGAGCCGCAACGAUGUCAUUGGCAAGAUCUACCUUUCAUGGAAGAGUGGGCCUGCAGAAGUAAAACACUGGAAGGAUAUGAUGGGGCACCCACGUACCGCCGUUGCCCAAUGGCACGCCCUCAAGGCCUGACGGCCUUACCUACUUUCCCCUACAACCUCCCUCCUCUUUCUUCAACACCCACCCACCCCACCCCACCCCAGUCGCAACACCACCCCCACCCCCAUGUCCAACCCUGUCCUUAUGCACAAGACUGACAGUCUACCAGGCCAUGAGACACGGGUACGAUUAGCCAUUCACUGGACUCUAUCUCAAUCUCCCUCUCUUUCACUCUCUGUCCUUUGUGUUUCUCUCCAUCCCUCUCUUUCCUUUCCCUCUCACUCUCUCUUUUUCCUGUCUGCUUUUGUUUUUGGGCCAUCCCCUCCUACAAAUGAUUCCCUCUGUUCUGACCACCUGCUCAUCUGUCUGUCUGUCCAUCCAUAUGUCUAUCCAUCUGUCCUUAUGGAGAUCUGUCAUGCCCUCCACCAACAUCAGGCCCUGGCAUCAUAGAAACAGCCCAUAGGAACAGACAGUUCCUCACCAUGCUGGCCUAGUCCUACACAGUCUGAAAAUACAGAGGCCUGUUGUGUGGGAUAGUGAUGAGGGUAGGAGCACUAACACCAGGGAUGGUCAGGGCUAGCUUGUCAGUCAUAUUCCCAUCAUUGCCUGUUUCUAUAGGAGGGUGGGGAUUUUCUGGGGUCACCUGUGCCCCCUUCUGUCCAUUUGCUUUCUGUCCACUUCCCCUUAUUCAUCUUGUGUGUGGGUCAUCUAGGCCUCCUGUUUUCUCUCCUUCCUCUCAUCCUGAGCUCGAUCUCUGCCUCUGGAGACACACAGAUGAUACAAAAGCAAUGAUCAUGACCAACCUGGAGACAAACCAAUGGAUGGAAAGUGGACUCAUUGUUCCGGACUGAGACCCAGCGCUCUGGUCUCUUUGUCUCUCUUUCUCUCUGUUUCUGGAAUCUUCCCUGUCAGGAACCCUCUUGUUGUUUGUAUGUGCCGUGGGUGCUGUGCUGUACCUCCAACAAAAGUAGUGUUUCAAAAAAAAAACAAAAACAAAAAGAGAAACAAACUGCACUGGAACAAAAAGAAAAGGACAAACAAACUUUUCCCUGAAGGACAAUACCAGGUUUUCCAAUGACAACAGAAAUGAAAGCUCAGCAAGGGAGGAAAAGUCUAAGAACGAGUUAAAAAAGGAGCAAAUUUAAUUGAUGUCAUUUCUUCUUUGUAAAAAGAAACUGAAGAAAACAAUCAAAAAGUUCUUCCAUACUUAAAGCGAAAAAUAGAAGCAAAAAGCCAGUUUUCUGAGCCGCACUGUGUGCGUGUGUGUGUGUGUGUGUGUGUGUGUACACUAUAGAUUGAGUGUUGUGGCGGGCUCUUCCUGCCUCAUAAUCUCCAGCUCUCCGUCUUUUUCCUCUCUCUCUCUCUUUCUCUCUCUCUGUCUCUCUCUCUCUUUCUCUCUCUC